UUUCUCGACGCGUAAAAACGUUGGAGAGCUCCCUCCUCCUCCCCCUCCCUUUCCCUGUGUGCGUAAUUAGUUGGAGAGAGUUUGGAAAAUUGUGAUGGCCGUGAAGAAAUCUCACUUUAUUUCUGACACCUGUUGCUGAGGACACCGCGCGCACAGACGUACACAAAGAGGAGCGCGUGCUACUGAUUUCUGACUCUAUUUCUUCAUGACAAGUUGGGACUUUGGGGUACUGACAGGUCCACAGUUUGCGGAGGCUGCGUUAUACUUAUACACACUUCCAUAAAUCGACUUUUUGUGACUCAGACAAGGACUUUCGUGUGGUUCUCUGUGAAGGUGAUCGAGCAGUUUAAGGAAGGACGUUUAAUGUGUCCAAAAGUGACUCUUUGGAAGAAUUUGUAUCUGUAUCACACAGUGAGCGCUCUGCAGCAGGCUGCUGUGGGAUCUGCCUGAAGGGUUUUCCAUUUCAAUAAAAACACCGAUCUGUCUGUAGUUUCCCAGCCGGGAAGACAGUCACACUUUUCGAACUUGAGCUCUUCGGAUGGUCGGAGGAGAAACUUUUCUUGGAGAGCUGAGCACCAAUUGGAUUCGAGCACAGCAGAGCAGGUUGGGUGCUGACUAUAGCAGACUUUAGGACAGAGGUGCUUUUUGCUCUGCUCCUCCCCCCUCUUAUCUCCGACUGUGCCAGCCCUAAACCCACAGAGCACUUUCCCCAGCACCGGCUUUGUGGCGGUGACGCGGCGGACCAUGGAAAACAGGCCUGUCCGGAGAAGGCGGACCGGGGCCGUGCGACAUCUGCUGCUGGCAGCCGCCUUCCUCGCCUGCAGCUCCCAACUGGUGGUGGUGAAUGCCAACUCAUGGUGGUCGCUAGCUUUGACCCCUAUCCAGCGGCCAGAGAUGUACAUCAUUGGAGCUCAGCCUCUCUGCAGUCAGCUGUCUGGUCUCUCCCAGGGCCAGAGGAAGCUGUGCCAGCUGUACCAGGACCACAUGAUCUACAUCGGAGACGGAGCCAAGACAGGCAUCAAAGAGUGCCAGUACCAGUUCAGACAGAGGAGGUGGAACUGCAGCACUGUGGACAACACAUCUGUGUUUGGACGGGUUAUGCAGAUUGGCUCCAGGGAAACAGCCUUUACUUACUCCAUCAGCGCGGCUGGCGUGGUCAACGCCAUCAGCCGGGCGUGCCGCGAGGGCGAGCUCUCCACCUGCGGUUGCAGCCGUUCCGCUCGACCCCGUGACCUGCCGCGCGAUUGGCUGUGGGGUGGCUGCGGCGACAACGUGCAUUACGGCUACCGAUUUGCCCGGGAGUUCGUGGACGCCAGGGAGAGAGAGAAGAAUUACCCGCGUGGUUCUACUGAGCAUGCCCGAACACUGAUGAACCUGCAGAAUAAUGAAGCAGGGAGACAGGCGGUCUAUAACCUUGCAAAUGUGGCCUGUAAGUGUCACGGCGUCUCAGGUUCCUGCAGUCUGAAGACCUGCUGGCUCCAGCUGGCCGACUUCAGACGCGUUGGAGAGUUCCUGAAGGAGAAAUACGACAGUGCGGCUGCCAUGCGUAUUGGACGCAAGGGCAAGCUGGAGCUGGUAGACAAGCGCUUCAACACCCCGACCCCGGAGGACCUGGUCUACAUCGACCCCAGCCCUGACUACUGCCUCCGCAACGAAACCACGGGCUCACUGGGCACGCAGGGCCGCCUCUGCAACAAAACCUCGGAGGGCAUGGACGGCUGCGAGCUCAUGUGCUGCGGCAGAGGGUACGACCAGUUCAAGACCUACAAGCACGAGCGCUGCCACUGCAAGUUCCACUGGUGCUGCUACGUCAAGUGCAAACGCUGCACGACGCUCGUGGACCAGUUUGUGUGCAAAUAGCACGCCGACAGAUGAUAGACGGAUGUUAGGGUGAAAAAGGAGGAGAGGGAGAGAAGAUAAAGAGGGAGGAGGUGACGGGAUGAUGGAGGGUGAAUGAUAGAAUGGAUUUUCAGGGUUUUGUUCAGGAUAAGUUAAGACACACAAGUUCCAUUUUCUGACCAGUUUCCUUCUCUCCUCCAUUUAUAUCUUUUAUCUGUUCAUAUUUCCUGCCUUUUCACAUCAAGAGCAAACACUGCACAACAGCUAUCUGGCCAAUUAUUUGUGAUUUUUAUUUUUGUCACCACUCCAUCAUCACUUUCUGCUGUCCUGUAUAAUAUCCUGAUCACAACCCUGAAGGAAGGAGGGAUGGAAAGAAGGAAGGACAAACAAAAUGGAUGAACAAAGAAGGACAUCAAGGAUAAACAGACCUAGAAAGUGGAACAACUGGAUCCUAAAAAGGGGACACAUAUGACUAGUGUGAUAACAAAGAUAUGAGAAAUGAAAUAAAUAUAUAAUUAAAUAAUAAAUAAACAUACAACUCUAAUUGUUAUUUAAAGAGACUCGAACAAACCUACGGCACAGUUUGGACCCAUAAAACUUUGUUCAUGUGUUUGGGAAUCCCACAAAUCAUCACAGUCCUUUUGGAGUUUGAAGCCAUGUAGAGUGCUGAACGGUGUCACCAUGUCUCUUUCAAAGAACGUUUUACCUUUAACCCUGCAAGAGUAAUUCUAGCAUAUGUGAGUUGUGCUGACAUUGCUCAAACACACUUGCAAUAUGUACAGAGAACACCAGAAAUGCAGAAAAGUCCAGAGUGAAACAGACGGCUGAGAGCGAGUAGAAGAGGAAUCACUUAUUGGGGGUGCAAUACAGAAAGAGGGUGAAUGGAGGGAAUAGAGAAAAAGGGGGAAAGUUAAAUAAACUGGGGACUUUGGGUGAUUAUUUUGCAACACAAUUCAGGAGACACUUUCACAAGCCACACAGCUGAAUUUCCUGCAGUAGAUUUCUGAAUAAAAAUGCAAUAACGUGCAUUAAAAACACUUAAUCUUCAAGUCAAAAAGGACUAAUGACUUACAGGACACACUCUGUCCUACUACUGCUGUUAGAGCAGAUUUCCAGCACCUGUGAGCUGACAAGUGCGUCUGUGCAGGUUAAUGAGGCUCGCCAGUUGCGGCCAUCUUGACAACCGCUGCUGUUUAAACAAGCAGCUCCGGCACCAUGACCUUCAUCUGACAGUGAAGUGCGCAGAACCUCCAUUAGUGAGAUUAAUGUGCUGUAUCUGCCUAAAUGAACCCGCACUAAGAGACACGUUCACUGUGAGUGGACCUGUUCAUCUCGUGUUGUUAUGCAACUUGUUAAGUCAACAAAAAGCCCUGUGGUGUCGAAUUUUGGCAGUUUUGCCACCAAUUUAACAUUUUAUAAUACUGUUAUACCAUGAUGUUUGCAAUUUGUAUGGGUUGGGUUGAGAAUAUUGUAAAUGUAUAAUGUAAUCAAAUCGAUAGACACAAACAUGAAAAGGACAGAGUGGACAGAAGAGGACUGAACAUGCUGUGGAAAAAUGAAUGUGUGAGCAUGGAAAAACAGAGGACUGCAAUUUAUUGUGUGCUACUUUAAAAAAAGUAGUAGAUCAGAAAAGAAGGUAUAUUUUAUUAUUGUUUUUCAUUUUCUGUUUUCUAUGUUUUAUACAUGAGUAUUAUUGUGUAUUCUUUUGAUAAACUAGUCUUCGACAAUGA